AAUCGUCACAAUUGAUCAAUCCUUAGUAUUAUAAGUACAAGUAAUCGUAAAAAUCGAAGUAGUCAGUUGAUUUAUAAAUAUCGCGAUAACACAACUGCGAUAUCACUUGUGAGUGACAUUACUUUAACAAAUCAAUGGGUGGAAAUAAUUGUAAAGGACUUCUUCCAGGAAAUUCUAAUGCUGCGUCGGAUAAAUCGGUAAAGACAGGUAAACCAGAGAAAUAUGAUUACAUUGAAGAUGUGGUGUGUAAGGAAACGGAUAUUAAAGAAAAUGAAAUGAAACUCUUAUCACUUGGACAAAAUGGAGGGAAAGUUUUAUUAAUUAAACAAAAAGGAGAAUUGCAUGCUAUUGGAACAAAAUGUACACAUUAUGGAGCUUUGCUUCAUACAGGAGCAUUAGGAGAUGGAAGAGUGAGAUGUCCAUGGCAUGGUGCAUGUUUUAAUAUUAAAACAGGAGAUAUAGAAGAUUAUCCAGGAUUAGAUUCAUUACCUUGUUUCCAGGUAAAUGUGGAUGACACUGGUCUUGUCCAUGUGAAAGCAAGACGUAAAGAUUUAGAUCUCAAUAGAAGGACAAAGAAGAUGCACGAAAAAGAUGCCAAUAAUGAUACCACAACUUUAAUAGUCGGUGGUGGACCAGCAGCUGCAACUUGUGCAGAGAGUUUGCGACAAGAAGCUUUCACGGGAAACAUUAUCAUGGUUUGUAAGGAAAAUGCAUUACCAUAUGACAGAGUAAAAGUAUCCAAGACAUUCGAUAUAGAUUUUGAAAAAGCAGUUUUGAGACCAGCUUCAUUUUACAAAGAACACAAUAUCGAAAUUAAAUUGGGUACAGAGGCUACAGGAUUAAAUACAAUUGAUAAAGUUGUUCAGUUGAGUAAUAAUGAAAAAUUAAAAUACAAUAAUUUAUUUAUUUGUACUGGAAGCGCACCCAGAAUGCCUGACAUACCUGGUGUUGAUUUAUCGAAUAUUCAUGUGCUACGAGACUAUACAGACUGUCAUGCUAUAAGUUCGAAACUAUCGCAAGACAAACAUAUUAUGAUACUUGGAUUAGGUUUUAUUGGUAUGGAAGCUGCUGCUUUUUGCGUAGAUAAGUGUGCAUCUGUUACUAUCGUGGGAAGAGGUACAAUUCCUUUGCAAUCAGUUUUUGGAACAGAUAUCGGUAACAGAAUCAAACAUUUGUUCGAAGAAAAAGGUGUUAAAUUCAUUUUCGAACGUAAUAUUGCACAAUUUAUUGCAAAAGAAGGUGGUAAACAACCGCAAUCCGUGGGUUCAGUUGUACUUACCGAUGGCGAACAUCAUCCCGCUGAUAUAGUGAUUAUUGGAAUUGGAUCUAGAUUUUAUACCGAUUGGAUAAAGGACUCUCCUAUUCAAAUGCUAGACGAUGGUAGCAUUGUAGUGGAUAAGUACUUAAAAACAAACGUGGAAAAUAUAUACGCUGGCGGUGAUAUAGCAUAUGCACCAUUAUUUGGCUCCGAUAAUAUUUUAGCUGCAAUAGGUCAUUAUUCCUUAGCGCAUUAUCAUGGUAAAAUAGCAGCAUUGAACAUAUGUGGUAAAAAUACUGUCUUGAAUAGCAUACCAUUUUUCUGGACCACGCUAUUUGGAAAGAGUUACAGAUACGUUGGAUAUGGGAAAGCAGAGAAGAUAAGAAUUUACGGUUCGUUAGAAAAUUUGGAAUUUUUUGCAUAUUAUAUGAAAGAUGAUAAAGUGAUCGCUAUGAGUAGCGUUGGAGCAGAUCCCGUCGUAGCAGAUUUUGCCAAUUUUCUUUACGAAGGAAUGACACUAACAGAAACAGACAUUAAUAAAGAUGCAUUUGGUUGGAUGAGAAACAAACCUAAAGAUUUACAGAAUAGAUUCCAAAAUGAAUCUAUCGUAAGUGCAUGAAUUAAAAGAAAACAACAGUGAAAAUUAUCCAUACUUGAAAAAGUAUGGGUCUCAUGCUAAGGCAUCCAAUGAUAUUACAUUCUACAACAUAUUUUUGUAUUUCUAUAACUUAUGU